UAUCUUAAGGUCAGUAGACAAAUCUAUCGAAGACCCAUUUCUCCCACGACGAUUUCUCUUGUCGGAGAGAGUGGGAGGAAGGGGAAAAGAGGCUCAGAUCGAGGGAAAAGCUUGCGCCUUUUUGCACAACAACGCCAUUUUUAUGCUAAAACUCCUCUGAGAACAGCCGCUAAAACCUUGGAAAAGAGCUUCCUUUGGAGCCAUUAUCGACGAUUUUUUGGUGUUUAUAGGUUAUUUAUUAAAACAUCAAAAUAUCAGAGUUAAAGCCAUGGGUUUGCACCUUCUGUUGUUUCUUGUUCUCUGUGGUCUUCCUGGUAUUUUUUCUGAAGAAUCCGCGGAUGUAACUGUUAUAGUCAGGGGGUCUUCCACGGUAGCCAAAACUGAUGAUCAUUUUGUAUGUGCGACUCUUGAUUGGUGGCCUCCUGAGAAGUGUAAUUAUAAUCAGUGCCCAUGGGGACAAUCUUCUAUUCUAAAUUUGGACUUAACCCAUCCUUUCCUAGCGAAAUCCAUUCAAGCCUUCAAUUCCCUGCGGAUAAGAGUUGGGGGCUCUUUGCAAGACCAAGUGAUGUAUGGUGUGCCAAAUUUUGGUGGUCCGUGCUUUCCAUUCAAAAAGAUGGCUGGUGGUUUGUUUGGAUUGUCCAAGGGAUGUUUAAGCAUGGAAAGGUGGGAUGAGCUAAACUCUUUAUUCCAGAAGACAGGAGCAACUGUGACUUUUGGCCUUAAUGCGCUGAAUGGGAGGCAACAUAUACGCAAUAAAGUCUGGGGAGGUGCUUGGAACUCCAGUAAUGCUCGUGAUUUCAUAGAAUAUACAAUUUCUAAGGGUUAUCCGGUUGAUUCAUGGGAAUUUGGAAAUGAAUUGAGUGGACAUGGAAUUGGUGCAAGUGUUGGUGCUGAACAAUAUGGAAAGGAUCUUGUUCAUCUUAAAGCCAUCCUUGAUGAGUUAUAUAAGGAUUCUCGGUCAAAGCCACAGCUGGUUGCACCUGGAGGAUUCUUUGAUCAGCCAUGGUAUGCUCAUCUUCUUCAAGUUUCAGGAUCAGGAGUUCUCGAUGCAAUGACACAUCAUGUAUAUAAUCUAGGUGGAGGUAAUGAUCCUCAUAUCAUAAGCAAAAUAACGGAUCCACAAUAUUUAAAUCGCAUAGCUGAUACAUUCAGAAGUCUCCAACUUACCAUAAAGAGUUAUGGACCAUGGGCUUCUGCUUGGGUUGGUGAAGCUGGUGGUGCAUACAACAGCGGCAGUCAUCUUGUGUCCAGCACUUUUCUAAACAGCUUUUGGUAUCUAGAUCAACUUGGAAUGGCUUCAAAGUAUAACACUAGGGUGUAUUGUAGACAGACUUUGAUUGGUGGAAACUACGGACUCCUUGACACAAAAACUUUCAUACCGAAUCCUGAUUACUACAGUGCACUGUUGUGGAAUCGGCUCAUGGGGAAUGGAGUUCUUUCCAUUGAUCUCAGUGGCUCUUCAUACUUACGUGCAUAUGCUCAUUGCAGGAAAAGAAAACAGUCAGGUGUUUCCCUACUCCUGAUAAACCUAAGCAAAUCCACUGAGUUCAUUGUGACAGUAAGAAAUGACAUCAAUGUUAAUCUUGCCGAGGGAGGAGGCAUUCAAAGGGAUGGCUCUUUUGUGCAUGGUCUUAAAAGGACAGUUUCUUGGGUCGGAAGGAGAGCAUCAGAUCAGUCAGAGACGAGAGAAGAAUAUCAUCUAACAGCGAAGGAUGGAAACCAUCUAAGCCAAACUGUGCUGCUUAAUGGGACUCCUUUGGAGCUCACUGAAGAUGGAGAUAUUCCACCUUUGAACCCUGUACUCACUGCAGCCAACUCACCUAUAUCAAUAGCUCCCUUAUCCAUUGCAUUUGUCGUCUUUCCAAAAUUUGAGGCUCAAGCUUGUGUAUGACAGUUGUUUACAGAUCUAGCUAAUACUACAGUUGUAUAUGUUCGCUGAUUUGUACUGACUUAUUGAAUGUAUACAAGAGCUUGGUCAUAGGACCAAAUAGGUCCCAAAUGUUUUUGACUCGAAAGAAUAAAAAGCAUUAUAAAUCUUCAGAUCAUA